AUGGCCUCCUCCAUAGCUCUCCUCCACCUCUCCGCCACCCCCAAAACCCUAAUACCCAAAUCUUAUGUUUGCUCCUACUUCCCGUCGUCAACCCUGGCGGCGCCCCGGUCAAUCUCUUUCCCUCAACUGGUGAAGCGAAAAUCCAAACCCAAAUCGAACAUCACCUGCAUGUCCUCCUACAACAACAACACAACAACACCAACCCCAGCCACGGAUCGAUUAAUCUCGGCCGUCGCAUACACUCUCCCUUUCUUCAACUCCCUCCAGUACGGGCGUUACCUCUUCUUCCAGUUCCCCAAAUUGGGGCUUCUCUUCGAGCCCUUAAUCCCGUUAUUGAGCCUCUACAGGUCGAUGCCCUACUCGAGCUUCGUGGCCUUCUUCGCCCUCUAUCUGGGAGUUGUCAGAAACCCUAGCUUCAGCCACUACGUGAGGUUCAACGCGAUGCAGGCGGUGACCUUGGACGUGCUGUUGGUUCUGCCCCUGCUCAUCCAGAGGAUAUUCAGUCCGGGUCGGGCCGGGUUGGGGUAUAAGCUGAUGGUUUGGGGGCAUAAUGGUAUUUUCGUAUUUAGCGUGUUCUGCUUUGUGUAUAGCGUGGUGAGUUCCAUUUUGGGUCGUACUCCCUACUUGCCCUUUGUUGCUGAUGCCGCUGCCAGGCAGCUCUAA